AUGGUCAACGCAGGCAUCGCCUUUUUGAUGCUCGCCGGCCCAGCUUUUGCUGGUGUCGUCGAGCGCGGUGAGCGCGGUGACGAGGGUGCUCCAGGCGUGUAUGAAGCUCCUCCGCCGCCUGAACACUCUGCUCCUCCUCCUCAUGAGGAGACCUAUGCUCCGCCGCCGCCCCAUGUGUCGACUUAUGCUCCUCCGCCGCCCCAUGUGUCGACUUACGCUCCGCCGCCACCACAUGUGUCGACUUAUGCUCCUCCACCCCCUCCGGUGUCGACCUAUGCUCCGCCGCCUCCACAUGUGUCGACUUACGCUCCUCCGCCGCCUCCACAUGUGUCGACUUACGCUCCUCCGCCGCCUCCACAUGUGUCGACUUAUGCUCCUCCUCCUCCUCCCCCGUCUACCUCCUCUCCUCCUCCUCCUCCUCCUCCUCCUCCUACUACCUACUCUCCUCCUCCCCAUACCUUUACUCCUCCUCCGCCACCUCCUCCUCCUACUACCUUCUCUCCUCCUCCCCAUACCUUUACUUCUCCUCCGCCACCUCCCGGUUCUACGACUACGCCAAGUCCUCCACCCAAGUCUCUUACAACUCCUAUUGUGCCUCCUCCUCAGACUUCGACUUCAGGUAUCACUAAGACUUUCACUACUACUACAAUUAACACCACGACCUCCUCGACAACCUCCGUUUCUGGCUCUCAAACCAUUACUGUGCCAGUGACAGAGACACACCCGGUGACUAGCACUAUAGUCACUGUUAUUCCCACCGGCUCUAGUGUUCCAAUCACCCCUGGACAACCUGGAGCCCCUGCACCUGGACAACCUGGAGCUCCUGCGCCUGGACAACCUGGAGCCCCUGCUCCUGCACCUGGACAACCUGGAGCCCCUGCUCCUGCUCCUGGACAACCUGGAGCUCCUGCCCCUGCGCCUGGACAACCUGGAGCUCCUACCCCUGUCCCUGGACAACCUGGAGCUCCUGCUCCUGGAAAGCCUGGAUCCCCCGCUCCUGCACCUGGAAAGCCUGGAUCUCCUGCUCCUGAGUCCCCUGCUCCCGAAUCUCCUGCGCCUGAAUCCCCUGCGCCUGAAAACCCUGCCACCACCCCUAGCCCGAGUGGGUCCAGCCCUGCGCCACCAGUCUUUACUGGUGCCGCUGUUAACCAGCAGCCUGUUGCCGGCCUUAUGGUGGCCGCUUUUGGCGCUUUCGCCCUUCUAUAA